AGUGACUGGUGGAGAGAUGUUGUUCCGGAUCAUCUCCGUGCCCUACCCGACCUGACCCGGUACUGCCCUAGUUGGUAUUCGCUGGUCAUCCGAGUUCGAAGCCGUGAGGUCGCAGUUUAUACUUUUGAGUUUUUCCAAAGUGUCCGGAAGAGCUGAGAAGUAUGGCCGUCGUGGAUGUUAACACUGUGUUUAAGGAGUUGGUGGUGUUCAGGGACGUGGCUGUGGAGUUCUGUAAGGAGGAGUGGGAGUGUCUGGGCCCUGAUCAGAGGUCGCUCUACAGAGAUGUGAUGCUGGAGAACUACAGCAACUUUGUGUCCCUGGGACUCGCCAUUGCCAAGCCAUCAGUAAUUUCCCUGCUGGAGCAAGGCAAAGAGCCCUGGGGAGUGGAGCGAGCAGGAUGGUGUCCAGAUUUGCUGUCUGUAAAUGAAGCUAAGAAUCUGUCUCUAAAGAAUGGCAUCUUUGUAAAGGAAUCAUUAAAAUGGAAAAUAAUAGAAAGAGUCGGUAGUUCAUGCCUCGAGGAAUCUUGUUUUGGAGAUGAUUGGAAAUGCAAGGGACUCCUUGAGCCAAAACAGGAAUCUACCGAGGAAUGUUUACAGGGAGUGGCAGUCCCAUUAGAACGGACGUCAGCCGAAUUCGGUCAACCUACACCCGUUGCUCUGAGUGAAAUGACUCAUCCUGAAAUGAAGCACUCUGAGCAGGAAACAGGGGAAACCAUCGCCCAACAGGUACGAAUUCCUCCCAGUGACAGACUAAAUGAAAUGUACGAGAACGCCUUUAUCUAUUACACGGAUGAGAUGAAGCGACAGCAGGGUUUUGCUGGGGACAGAGGUGAUGAACUGAAGGGGUGCGGCAGAGGAUUCACCUAUGACUUCCAGCUCGCCCCAUAUCAGAUCAACAAGAAGCCCUACCAGUGUGAGAUCUGUGGUAAGAUCUUUGAGAAGCAUGCGUACCUUGUUCAGCAUAACCGCUUCCACACGGGGGAGAAGCCCUGUGAAUGUAAGGAGUGCGGGAAGGCCUUCACCAACUGCUCCCUGCUCGUCCAGCACCAGAGGGUUCACACGGACGAGAAGCCCUACGAGUGCAAGCACUGUGGGAAGGCCUUCCUCUACUUCUCCACGUUUUUUCAGCAUCAGAGAACCCACACCAACGAGAAGCCGUACGAAUGCCACAAAUGUCAGAAGGCCUUUAACAAGAGUGCCAACCUCACCAGGCAUCAAAGGAUCCAUAGCGGCGAGAAACCCUACGAGUGUAACUUAUGUGGGAAGACCUUCACUUGGGCUUCCAACCUGAAUGAUCACCAAAAGAUUCACACCGGCGAGAAACCUUAUGAGUGCAACUACUGCGAGAAGGCCUUCCUCUGUCAUUCGGCGUUCAUGAAACACUACAGAACUCACACCAACGAGAAGCCCUAUGAAUGCCGGGAGUGCAUGAAGGCCUUCAGGCAGAAGGCCCAUCUCAUCCAGCACCAGAGAGUCCACACUGGCGAAAAACCUUACGAAUGUAAGGAGUGUGGGAAGGCCUUCGCCUGUCCUUCGUACUUUAACAGACAUCAGAGAAUUCACACUGGAGAGAGGCCUUAUGAAUGUAAAGAAUGCGGGAAGGCUUUUAUUGAUUGUAAAACCCUUAUUCUGCACCAGAGGAUCCACACUGGUGAGAAACCCUUCCAGUGCCAGCAGUGCAGCAAGGCCUUCAGGCAGAGGUCCCACCUUACGCAACAUCAAAGAAUUCACACGGGUGAGAAGCCCUACGAAUGUAAGGAGUGUGGCCAGGCUUUCAGAGUCCGUCAACAACUUACUUUCCAUCAGAGGAUCCACACCGGCGAGAAGCCCUACGAAUGCAAGGAAUGCGGCAAAGCCUUCAGACAGUGCGCCCACCUCAGUCGCCAUCAGAGGAUCCACGCCUCCGAUAAACUCUACGAAUGUAAGAAGUGUGCCAAGAUCUUCACGUGUAGCUUGGACCUUCGAGGGCAUCAGAGGUCUCACGUGGGCGAGAAGCCCUACGAUUGUAAAGAGUGCGGGAAGGCCUUUCGUGUCCGUGGACAGCUCAUGCUCCACCAGAGGAUCCACACCGGCGAGAAGCCGUACGGGUGCAGCGAGUGCGGGAAGAGCUUCAGGCAGGUCGCGCACCUCACUCGGCAUCAGAGGCUCAGCGGCGGCAGCUCGCGCCACGAGUGUAAGGCGUGCGGCCAGGCUUUCCUGUGCAGCACCGGCCUCCGGCUGCAUCACAAGCUGCACACGGGAGAGAAACCCUACGACUGCAAGGAGUGUGGGAAGGCGUUCCGGGUGCGGCAGCAGCUCACCCUGCACGCGAGGAUCCACACCGGCGAGAAGCCCUUCGACUGCAAGGAGUGCGGGAAGAGCUUCAGCCGCGGCUACCAUCUCACCCUGCACGCGAGGAUCCACACCGGGGAGAAGCCUUACGAGUGUAAGGAGUGUCGCAAGUUCUUCCGCCGCUACUCGGAGCUCAUCUCCCACCAGGGAAUCCACGUAGGGGAGAAGCCCUACGAUUGCAAGGAGUGCGGGAAGGCUUUUAGGCUGUUCUCGCAGCUGACUCAGCACCAGAGCGUUCAUUUUGGUGAGAAGCCCUAUAAAUGUAUGGAAUGUGAGAAGACUUUCAGACUCCUCUCACAGCUCACGCAGCAUCAGAGCAUUCACACGGGCGAGAAGCCCUACGACUGUAAGGAGUGCGGGAAAGCCUUUCGGCUCCACUCGUCCCUCAUCCAGCACCAGAGAAUCCACUCGGGCGAGAAACCGUACAAGUGCGAAGCCUGUGGGAAAGCCUUUAUUCGAGGCUCACAACUCAGCCGGCAUCAGAAGGUCCACACUGGAGAGAAACCCUUUGAGUGUAAGGAGUGCGGGAAGGCCUUCACCCAGAACUCACAGCUCACUCUGCACCAGCGACUGCACACUGGCGAGAAGCUCUACGACUGUAAAGAGUGCAGGAAGGUUUUUACUCAGCUCUCGCAGCUUAUCCUCCAUAGAAGAAUCCACACUGGCGAGAAGCCCUACGAAUGUAAAGAAUGCGGGAAAGCGUUCAUUUGCGGCUCGCAGCUUUCUCAGCACCAGAAAAUCCACAAUGGAGAAAAGCCGUAUGAAUGUAAGGAGUGCGGGAAGGCUUUCGUUCGAGGCUCGCUGCUUAUGCAACAUCAAAGGAUUCACACUGGUGAAAAACCCUACAAAUGUGACGAGUGUGGGAAGGCCUUUAUCCGUGGUUCCCAGCUCACGCAACAUCAGAGGAUUCACACUAAUGAAAAGCCUUACGAAUGCAAAGAAUGUGGGAAGACCUUCAGUCACGGCUCGCAGCUCACUCAACAUCAGAGGAUCCAUACCGGUGAGAAGCCCUAUCAGUGUAAGGAGUGUGGCAAGGCCUUUAAUCGCGGCUCGCUCCUCACUCGCCAUCAGCGGAUUCACACUGGUGAGAAACCCUACAGAUGUAAAGAAUGUGGGAAAAAUUUUAGCCGGGGCUCAGAACUUACUCAGCACGAGAGAAUCCACACGGGGGAGAAGCCCUAUGAGUGUAAGGAAUGCGGGAAGUCCUUUAUCCGCGGCUCCCAGCUCACUCAGCAUCAAAGAAUCCACACGGGCGAAAAGCCGUAUGAGUGUAAAGAAUGCCGAAUGGCCUUCACUCAGAGCUCACACCUUUCCCAGCAUCAGAGACUUCAUACCGGUGAGAAACCCUACGUGUGCGGCGACUGUGGGAAGGCCUUUGCACGGGGAUUGCUGCUCAUACAACACCAGAGAAUCCACACGGGCGAGAAGCCCUAUGAGUGUAAGGAAUGCGGGAAGUCCUUUAUCCGCGGUUCCCAACUCACUCAGCAUCAGCGAACUCACACCGGAGAGAAGCCUUACGAAUGCAGCGACUGUGGGAAGGCCUUUGGCCACGGCUCUCAACUAACUCUGCAUCAGAGGGUCCACACAGGCGAGAAGCCCUAUGAAUGUAAGGAGUGCAGGAAGGCCUUCGCUCAGAGCUCACAUCUUUCUCGGCACCAACGAGUUCAUACUGGCGAGAAACCGUAUCAGUGUAAAGAAUGUGAAAAGGCGUUUACACGCGGCUGCCAACUGACGCAACAUCAGAGGAUUCAUAUCAGUGACAAGUCUUUUGACUAUAAGGAAUGCCGGAUAGACUUUAGUCAUCAUUCACAGAUUUUUAUAUGAGUUAAUUUAUUCUCUGGAAUUAAAAUAGAAAGUUACACAUUAUUAGCAAAGAAUUCUUACAAAUGUGAAUAUGGAACUCAUUAAUUUAGCAUUUGAGAAUUUAUGUGGGAGAAUAGAUAUGCUGAUGUAAUUCACAUAGGAAAAGUAUUUGUUUACAUGUUUACAUUGUAUUACAUUUUAGCGAUUUAAAAUAGAAAGUGAUUCCGUUGCUGUGAUGUAGAAGGUCUUUAGCAUAGAAAAUUUCUCUAUGACAUUUUGCAGGUCCAAUCAGUUGGUUUCCUUUGUGACAUUUGUCAUGACUAACCUGGCUUUCAUUUAACCAUUUGUAAGGCAGAUCUAAGUCCCAGUGUUUUCAUAAGAGUCUUCUAAAUAUCAUGUUUUAACAUAUAAAAGCACUUGGGGCAGAGCCUUUCACAUAGUAUAUCAUAAAUAUUAGCUGGCAUUUUCAUUAUUUGCAUGAAAAGAGGGAACUUAUGAGCACAAUUAUCAUUAAGAAAUCUUUCAUUAUUACUUGGAAAGCUUUAUAUUCUGUCAUCAGCGUGAGAAAGCUUUCAUUCAGAUCUUAUUUAUUAUAAAAGGAAAUUUAUACUAAAAAGAAACCUUAGUGUUUGUGGGUUAUUGAGUACCAUGGUUACAGAAUUGAUUUGUCAGAGUCCCAGAACGGACCUGUUUCACCUUGAACAUGUAGUUUUGUGAACUAAUCUGAAAGUACAGAGUUAUACCGGUAGACAACAAUAAAAAAAACAGCACAUGUUCUUGUAUCAGAGAUCGCUGUUCUGCCCAGUUCUCAUCAUAAAACCUAGCCAAAACUAAAACAGACAAAAACAAAAACCCACAAAAAAACCAUCUUAGUCUCCAUGGCAGAUCAACAAGAUGAAAACGACGGUGUCUGUAAACAGAACAUUUAAGAAAACCCUCCUCUCUGGUGCUUUCUCUUCUUCACACUGUAGACACAGGAGGCAGAGCCCAGACGACCUCAUGAGGGGCUUGGGCGUGGUACCUGGGUGUUUCGGAUGGCUGAGUCUGCGAGCCUGUGGAUUUGUAAACAGUCACGGCACCUCUGCUCUGCCCAUGUAUGUGUCUUAUUUAAAAUUAAAGUAACUCUCAAGCUGUUU